AUGAGCCGUAAAUGUAAUUUCUGCCUAAAAGUUUGCCCGUCUCCCGCUGCUUUAAGGGAUCACUUGAGAACUCACACUGGAGAGCGGCCAUUUUCGUGUAAUUUUUGCAAUGGCACUUUCACUACAAAAAGUAAUUUAAACAGACACAUCAGAAACAUCCAUCCUAAAAAGGAAAAUUCAUCUUGCUGCGAAAAAUGUGCACAAGAUGUUCAACGAGAGCAGAAAGAAUCGUUUGAACGACCAUCAACAAGUUUUCUUAUACCUGAGUCAACAGAAUUUCAAGAAAUUUCUUUCGAUGAGAAUCUUUUUACUUUACAAGACUGUGAAGAAUUCCUCGAAACUCUUAACGUCAAUUUUGGAAUUCUGCAACAGGAAGGUUUUUCACAAAUGACAUUUUCCCCAGAUAUGGACGUUGAAGACAGAAAGCAGCAAUGCCCGAUAUGCGGAAAGGAAUUUCGACGUAAAUAUAGUUUGCAAACACACAUGCGAAUUCACACGAGUGAAAAGCCGUAUAAAUGCAAUUCGUGCGGAAAAAGCUUUUCGGAUAACAGCAAUUUGAUUCGUCAUUUGAAAGUGCAUUCAAAUAAAAAGCCGUUCAAGUGCAAUUACUAUGACUGUAAGAAACGCUUCAAAAGUAAAUCCGAGUUGGAACAACACACGUACGCAUUGCAUUCUGAUGAAAUUUUAUCUGAAAUUCCACCGAACGAUCCGAAGAUAAUGAGUCGUAUUUGUAAAAUCUGCAAAAAAGUUUGUCAGUCUCCCGCUGCUUUAAACACUCACAUGAGAACUCACACCGGAGAGCGGCCAUUUUCCUGUAAUUUUUGCAAUGCCACUUUCAAUACCAAAAGUAGUCUAAACAGACACAUCAGAAGCAUCCAUCUAAAAGAGAAAACUCCAUAUUGCACCGAAGAAUGUACACAAGACGUUCAACGAGAGCAAAAAAUAUCGCUUGAACAACCAUCAACACGUUUUCAAAUACCACAGUCAAUAGAAUUUGAAGAAAUUUCAUCACAAGAUAAUCUUUUCACUUCAAAAGAAAGUGAACAAUUUCUUGAAAACGUUGACGUCAAUUUAGAAACUAUUCAGUUGGAAUUAUCGUCGCCACUGAAAUUCUUUCCAGAAAUACACGUUGAAGAAACAUAUUUGGAAUGUCCUUUCUGUCGUCAACGAUUUUUGGACGAAGACAGAAAGCAGCAAUGCCCGAUAUGCGGAAAGGAAUUUCGACGUAAAUAUAGUUUGCAAACACACAUGCGAAUUCACACGAGUGAAAAGCCGUAUAAAUGCAAUUCGUGCGGAAAAAGCUUUUCGGAUAACAGCAAUUUGAUUCGUCAUUUGAAAGUGCAUUCAAAUAAAAAGCCGUUCAAGUGCAAUUACUAUGACUGUAAGAAACGCUUCAAAAGUAAAUCCGAGUUGGAACAACACACGUACGCAUUGCAUUCUGAUGAAAUUUUAUCUGAAAUUCCACCGAACGAUCCGAAGAUAAUGAGUCGUAUUUGUAAAAUCUGCAAAAAAGUUUGUCAGUCUCCCGCUGCUUUAAACACUCACAUGAGAACUCACACCGGAGAGCGGCCAUUUUCCUGUAAUUUUUGCAAUGCCACUUUCAAUACCAAAAGUAGUCUAAACAGACACAUCAGAAGCAUCCAUCUAAAAGAGAAAACUCCAUAUUGCACCGAAGAAUGUACACAAGACGUUCAACGAGAGCAAAAAAUAUCGCUUGAACAACCAUCAACACGUUUUCAAAUACCACAGUCAAUAGAAUUUGAAGAAAUUUCAUCACAAGAUAAUCUUUUCACUUCAAAAGAAAGUGAACAAUUUCUUGAAAACGUUGACGUCAAUUUAGAAACUAUUCAGUUGGAAUUAUCGUCGCCACUGAAAUUCUUUCCAGAAAUACACGUUGAAGAAACAUAUUUGGAAUGUCCUUUCUGUCGUCAACGAUUUUUGGACGAAACAGAAGAUAUUAUUGCAGCAUUUCUUCUAACUGAAGAUUGGAAUGAUACAGAAACAAAAUAUGAAAAAUUUAUGACAAGUAGUUUAAAUAAACUCUUCAGUAAUUUGAAAAAAAAACAGUUAAGAGAAACAGCCAAGUUUUCUCCUAAACACCUAUUAGAUUUAGUAAUAAGAAAAGGUGUAUAUCCUUAUCACUAUAUGGAUCUGAAGGGGGAAUGUGAAAUGAAUAAACUUCCUCCAAAACAAGAGUUCUAUAGUAAAUUCAAUGAAUUUGAUAUACCAGAUAAAAAUUUAGAACAUGCACAAAACGUAUGGGAAGCAUUUAAGAUUAGAAAUAUGGGAGAAUAUUCAGAUCUAUAUAUACCUGAUGACUCAAAGACUGGAUAUAAAGAUACAGACAGUUAUAUAUAUGAUAUAAAGAUAGAUGAUGUCUAUCAAGACACGAAGGGAAUGAUAGAUUACUUUGACACAUCUGAUUACCCUGAGAAUAAUCAAUAUGGAAAUAUCAAUAAUAUCCUAGAAAAACAUCCAUGCCCGACAUGUGGGAAGACAUUUCUUCGUGAAAGUCAUUUGCAAGUACACAUGCGAAUUCACACGAAUGAAAGGCCGUAUGAAUGCAAUUUGUGCGAAAAAAGCUUUACGCAGAAGGGUCAUUUAACAAGGCACAUGAAAGUGCACUCGGAUGAAAAGCCGUUCAAGUGAAAUUACAAUGGCUGUGAAGAAAGCUUUACACGGAAAGAAUACUUUCAAGAAGACAUGUACGCAUUGCAUUCUGAUGAAAUUUUAUCUAAAGACAGAAAGCAGCAAUGCCCGAUAUGCGGAAAGGAAUUUCGACGUAAAUAUAGUUUGCAAACACACAUGCGAAUUCACACGAGUGAAAAGCCGUAUAAAUGCAAUUCGUGCGGAAAAAGCUUUUCGGAUAACAGCAAUUUGAUUCGUCAUUUGAAAGUGCAUUCAAAUAAAAAGCCGUUCAAGUGCAAUUACUAUGACUGUAAGAAACGCUUCAAAAGUAAAUCCGAGUUGGAACAACACACGUACGCAUUGCAUUCUGAUGAAAUUUUAUCUGAAUCCAAAUACCCAAAAACUGUAGGCAUUCCCAUUCGUGUAAACGCACACACUCCUAUUGAGACAGAAAAUUUCUUUCCACAUGCCCGACAUGUGGAAAGACAUUUCUUUGUGAAAGCGAAUGAAAGACCGUUUCAAUGCAAUUUGUGCGAAAAAAGCUUUACCCAGAAGGGUCAUUUAACAAGGCACAUGAAAGUGCACUCGGAUGAAAAGCCGUUCAAGUGCAAUUACAAUGUCUGUAAAGAAAGUUUUACACAGAAAUCCCAUUUGGAACAACACACCUACAUAAGUAUGUUUGGGGAAAAUAAAGUUAUUCCACCGAACGAUCCGAAGAUAAUGAGUCGUAUUUGUAAAAUCUGCAAAAAAGUUUGUCAGUCUCCCGCUGCUUUAAACACUCACAUGAGAACUCACACCGGAGAGCGGCCAUUUUCCUGUAAUUUUUGCAAUGCCACUUUCAAUACCAAAAGUAGUCUAAACAGACACAUCAGAAGCAUCCAUCUAAAAGAGAAAACUCCAUAUUGCACCGAAGAAUGUACACAAGACGUUCAACGAGAGCAAAAAAUAUCGCUUGAACAACCAUCAACACGUUUUCAAAUACCACAGUCAAUAGAAUUUGAAGAAAUUUCAUCACAAGAUAAUCUUUUCACUUCAAAAGAAAGUGAACAAUUUCUUGAAAACGUUGACGUCAAUUUAGAAACUAUUCAGUUGGAAUUAUCGUCGCCACUGAAAUUCUUUCCAGAAAUACACGUUGAAGAAACAUAUUUGGAAUGUCCUUUCUGUCGUCAACGAUUUUUGGACGAAGUUUCCCUAAAAGAACACGAAAGAAACUUCCAUCCGACAGAAAAUUUCUUUCCACAUGCCCGACAUGUGGAAAGACAUUUCUUUGUGAAAGCGAAUGAAAGACCGUUUCAAUGCAAUUUGUGCGAAAAAAGCUUUACCCAGAAGGGUCAUUUAACAAGGCACAUGAAAGUGCACUCGGAUGAAAAGCCGUUCAAGUGCAAUUACAAUGUCUGUAAAGAAAGUUUUACACAGAAAUCCCAUUUGGAACAACACACCUCGCACUCUAAUUUAAGGGCAUUUUGGGCAGGAAUUCCAACCAAUUACAGUUCUUCAUUGCAAAGAGCAUUCACCCAGGAAUCAGAAAAAAGAGAAAGCGAAGAAGCACAAGCAGCCAGAGAAGGAGGAUCGAAGAGAAAAAAAUCAGAGAUGGCAUCGCAAGAAAAAGCGGAUGAAGAAGUAGAAGCCGCCAACACACUGCUAUUAUUAAGAGAAGGAGGAUCGAACAGAAGGAGAUUGGAGAUGUUGGAGGCUGACGAGCAUCCUUCUCAUUCAAAUAAACCUGAAUUUAUUAAUAAUCAAAUUAAUAUAAGCAAAAUCAUAAUGGAUAAAAAACAUCAAUGCCCGACCUGCGGCAAGGAAUUUCGUAAACCGAAUUUGAAAAGGCACUUGCGAACUCAUACUGGCGAAAGGCCGUUUAAAUGCAAUUUGUGCGGAAAAACCUUUACGGAUAAAAGUAAUUUUAUUCAGCACAUGAGUGUGCAUUCGAAUGAAAAGCCAUUUAACUGUCAUUUGUGCGAGAAAAGCUUUUCAAGUAAGAGAUAUUUAAAACAACAUUUGAUAGUACAUUCGGAUGAAAAACGGUUCAAGUGCAAUCACAAGGGCUGUAAAGAGAGCUUUAAAAGUAAACACGAUUUGGAACAACACACGUUUGCGUGUCAUUCGAAUGACAUUUUAUGUAAUAUUCCGAUGAAUGACCCGAAGAUAACGAGCCGUUAUUGUGACAUUUGCAAAAAACUAUUCUCAUCUUCCGGUGUAUUAAAAACUCACAUGAGAAUUCACACCAAAGAGCUGCCGUUUUCGUGUAAUAUAUGCAAUGAGAAAUUCAGAUAUAAAUAUCAAUUAAACAGACACAAUAAACAGUUUCAUUCGGCAGAAGAACCUCCAACUUGUUCCCAGAAAAAAACACAAGUCGUUCAACGAGAGCAGACUGAAUCCUUUGAAAAACCAUCAACAAGUUUUCAAACACUACAGUCAAUUGAAUUUGAAGAUAUUUCAUCAGAAGAGAACGUUUUUACUUUAAAAGACUGCGAAAAAUUCCUUAAAAACAUUGAUGUCAAUUUAGGAAUUAUCCAACAAACAUUACCUAAUUCAAAAAGUACACGAGAUGUUCAACGAGAGCAGAAACAAUCUCUUGAACAACCAUCAACAAGUUUUCAAAGACCACAGUCAAUUGAAUUUGAAGAAAUUUUAUCAGAAAGGAGUUUUUUUACUUCAAAAGAAAGUGAAGAAUUUCUUGAAAACGUUGACAUCAAUUUAGAAAUUAUUCAAUUGGAAUCAUCAUCGCAACUGGAGUUCUUCCCAGAAAUAAACGUUGACGAAACUUACUUGGAAUGUCCGUUCUGUAGUGAACAAUUUUUAGACGAAGUUUCACUAAAAGAACACGAAAGAAACGCCCAUCCGUCUGAUUAAUUAAUUCUGGACAACUAAUUUUCAAGAUAUAUUAAAUUAAUAAUAUAUCAGAUUAUUAAUGUUUCAGAAUUUAAUAACAAUGGAAAAAUUAAAUAUUUAGUGAAGAUGCUUAGUUACAGUUCACGAUAUAUGUGAAAUCGUCGUGGAAAAUAUACAUCUAAUUUAAUUUAUAACGAAAAUUAUU